UGCUCUUCUGCUCGUAAACCAGCAAUGCCACAACGUGAUUUCGACGUGGGUGCGGGGGGUUGCGGGACCGGUAAGUUUCAGAGAUGGUAUCUGUAGUGGUAGGCUAUGCCUACAUAUCCCAGGGUGCUUUGGGGCUGGGGCUUACUUCCUGAAUGACUAGUAAACAUGACAGCAACGCUACCUCUCUGUGUCCCUGAGCCAUUCUUUAUACAUGGUGUCAGAGAGUGAAAAAGAACUCAAAAGUUAUAACUUUAUACUCCUGUGAAGCGGUGGAUGUUAUCUCUUCAUGAAUAUAGCCUGGAGGAAGCUCAGUGCUGACAAUAAAAACGGAGAUAAGUGAAGAAAAGUUGCUAAGCUAAAAAAAAAAAAAAAAAAAAAAAAAAGCCUGCGACUUGGCUGAGCUACACAAACCUUUCCUGAUCGACAACUAAGGGAAUAUACAAUGGCAUCUACACAAAUAUCACACCCAGAACCAUUUGACUUCUCAAAUCCGUCAGGAUGGCCAAGAUGGAUCAGAAGGUUUGAGAGAUUUCGUGUUGUAUCUGGAUUAACAGAGAAAGAAGAGGAGUAUCAGGUGAAUUCACUUCUCUAUGCUAUGGGAGAUGCAGCAGAUGAUAUUUUGGCAGUUUUACCGUUGACUGAUGAAAACAAAAAGAAGUAUGAUACAGUUAAAGAAGCAUUUGAGCAGCACUGUGUGGGAAAACACAAUGUGAUUUUUGAAAGGGCCCAGUUUAACAUGAGGUUCCAACAAGAUGGAGAGAGUGCAGAAGCAUUCAUCACCACUGUGCACAAGUUAGCAGAACAUUGUAACUAUAGAGAUCUGAAGGAAGAGCUAAUAAGAGACAGAAUUGUGGUUGGAAUAAAUGACAGGAGGCUGUCAGAACAGCUACAGAUGGACUCAGAAUUGACCCUGGUGAAGACAAUACAAAGAGUGAGACAAAGUGAAACUGUUAAGAAACAACAGACAUUAAUGUACAACACUGCUGGAGAAGGAGACUCCAAGAUAAAUUUAGAUGCUGUUCAGACAAGGUUUCAGCGCCUGGGGAAAAAGCCUCAACACUCAAACAAAGGCCAAAGGUCAGACACUCAAGGAGAAAAAGAGUGUGGCCGAUGUGGAAAAGGACGCAGACAUGCAUGGAAAGACUGCCCAGCUAAAGAUGUAGAAUGUCGCAAGUGUCGCAAAAUUGGACAUUAUGCAGUGGCCUGUUUCAGAGGGAAAGCAGUAAACACAGUCACAGAGUGCCAGUCAGACGGUGACAAUGAUCAGGAGGACUAUGCUUUUCUAGGUGAGGUGCAAACACAGACUACAAGGCCUUGGAUGGAAAAUAUACUACUCAACGGGGAAGCCAUUAAUUUUAAAAUCGACACAGGAGCUGACGUGACAUCCAUACCGGAAAGUGUCUUUAAACCAACACGAGAUGGCAAGUUGGAGAAACCACUUAAGAAACUGUUUGGACCGGGACGCAACCCCCUGAAUGUAAAGGGCUGUUUCCAGGGGAAAAUGCUGGCAAAAGGCCUCUUUACAGACCAACAUGUUUAUGUUGUGGCAGGACUGACACAACCACUUCUGGGACUACCAGCCAUAGAGGCCAUGCAACUGGUUCACAGAGCAGAGGCUGUCACAGCGACACAGCCUGAAACAGAUUUCAAAGCAGCGUAUCCAGCGGUGUUCCAUGGGCUUGGUGAGCUGAAGGAGCCGUACCGCAUAGAGCUGAAAAAAGGAGCGACACCUUAUGCUCUCUCAACACCCAGACGGGUCCCAAUGCCACUGAGAGAGAAAGUGCGUGAAGAACUGGAUAGAAUGGAAACUAUGGGAGUCAUAUCAAAAGUGACAGAACCAACGGCUUGGUGCUCUGGAAUGGUAGUGGUUCCAAAACCAAAGCAGGACAAACUCAGGAUCUGUGUAGAUCUCACAAAGCUAAACAAAGCAGUGAAAAGAGAACGCCAUAUUCUUCCUUCCGUCGACCAAACACUUGCGAUGAUGUCAGAGGCAAAGGUUUUCACAAAACUAGAUGCUCGAUCUGGAUUUUGGCAAAUCCCAUUAACCCCAAAAUCACGACCAUUAACCACAUUCAUCACUCCUUUUGGGAGAUAUCUGUUCAACCGCCUGCCCUUUGGGAUCAAAUCCGCUCCAGAACAUUUUCAAAGAAGGAUGUCACAAAUGUUGGAGGAUUUUGAGGGCGUGCUGUGUCAUGCAGAUGAUGUUCUUGUGUAUGGCCGUGACAGACAGGAACAUGACCAAAGACUGCACAGUGUGCUCCAGAAAAUGCAGGAGGAAGGCCUCACUUUGAACGAGAAGUGUGAGUUUGCUAAGGAGCACAUGAUCUUUGUUGGUCACAAGGUUUCGGCAAAAGGCAUCGAGCCCGACCCAAACAAAACAAAAGCGAUUCUUCAGAUGCCAGAGCCUGAAUGCGCGGAGGAUGUGCGCCGCCUAAUAGGCAUGGCAAAUUACCUGUCCAAAUUCUUGCCACAACUGGCUACUGUCACCGUGCCCCUGAAAGACCUACUGAGGGAGAAAAAUGAGUGGGUCUGGGGGGAACCUCAACAGACUGCUUUUCAAAAGCUGAAAGAAGGACUGAGCUCACCGACAGCACUUGCUAAAUAUUCAAAUGCAGCAGAGACUCAAGUAGCAGCAGAUGCAUCAGCAUACGGAAUAGGUGCUGUUCUCACGCAGAAACAGGCUGAUGGCUCAUGGCAACCAGUGACGUUUAUUUCAAGAGGACUGACAGAUACAGAGAAGCGCUAUGCGCAGAUUGAAAAGGAGGCGCUGGCAGCAACAUGGGCGUGCGAAAGACUGACCUCCUACGUGCAGGGUCUACACUUCACACUCCUGACAGACCAUAAGCCCCUGGUCCCACUGUUGAGCACCAGAGGUUUGGAUGAUCUGCCACCAAGGGUUCUGAGAUUUCGUCUGCGACUCCUGAGGUAUGAUUAUGACAUUGUUCAUGUCCCAGGGAAAAACCUCAUCACUGCAGACACGCUGUCUAGAGCGCCGCUUCAGGACAAGAUGUCACCUGGUGACUUGGAACUUGAAAGAGAGGUCCAGGUGUUUGUGAAUGCAGUUGUGUCCUCACUCCCCGCUACAGACACACGAUUGGAAGAAAUUAAACGGGCACAACAAGCAGAUGAAACAUGCAAAACAGUGUCACACUACUGUCUGACAGAAUGGCCGGAAAAACACACGCUGAGGCCAGACGUUGCCCCCUACUGGAAGGUCAGAGCAGACCUGUAUCUUGCAGAUGACCUUCUCAUGAAAGGCGAGAGACUGGUGAUACCACAAGCACUCAGAAGGGAGAUCAUGACUAAACUUCACGAAGGUCAUCAAGGAAUCUCCAAAUGUCGCUCUAGAGCCAAGGAAUCGGUAUGGUGGCCUGGAAUCACUGCCCACAUCAGAGAGGCAGUGGACCAGUGUGAAACGUGCCAAAAAUAUAGAAUCCAGUACAGAGAGCCGCUGAUGGAGACCACAGUACCAGAUCGCCCAUGGCAAAAGGUACAUCGAGGUGGCAGAGCUCAGAGUUACGACAUCUGAGGCCACCAUUGGAGCUGUGAAAGAUGCUUUUAGUCAUCAUGGUUACGCACAGACCGUGGUUUCUGACAAUGGGCCCCAGUUUUCGUCGGAGGCAUUCAGAGCAUUUGCAAAAGAGUGCAGCUUCACACAUGUCACGA